CAGAUAGCAAUUGCGUCGCAAUAGUGCGGAGAACAGGUGAUAUUCCUAAUGUCUCAUGACUUUAUCACUGUCACGUAUUUAAUCGUCAUACGGACGAUCAUCGAUAUUUAGUAUUUGGCUGUGACAGUAUCAAUUGUGUAAAAAAAUAGGCGAUUUCCUUAAAUUAUUAAAAAAUGAAUAGUCUAAUUAUAAGAUAAAAUUAUAAAAAAGUGCUCCUAAUUUUUUGGAGCGGAUACGAGAUUUACUUGUAAUACAAACGAUGUGUAACCUAUAAAUACAGUGUUCAAUGUAUCUACCAUGUUGAAAUAUUCAGGUUUGAAAGAUGGCUUUCCCACCUUUAGUCAGUUCUACACCUCCACCUUUGGAUAAUUUUGGAGAUUCGGAUGAAGAUGAAUUUGGAGAUUUUACAGCUGGUGGAAUCGAUGGCUUAUCCAUUACAUCAGAUUCACCACAUAAAAUUAUCACUCCUAUUCAAACACCAAUAAUGUCUGAAAAUGUUUCACCAAAAGUAAAUGGAGUUAAUUAUUCUCCAUCAUCUAAUAUAUGCUCUAAAAAUGAUAGCAUCCUUAAAUGUAAUAUUCCAGAUGAUGUUUUAAUUGUUGAGAAAGCAGAAGAUAUUGUGAGCAACAUAGAAUUACUUGAUAAUUCAGAUAAUAGUAGUAUUAAAAAAAAUAAUUUUGAUGAUGAUAGUAUCAUUCAACACGAUAACUUAAAUCUAUGUAGUGAGAAUGAUUUAAAAGCUACAGAAAACAAUAAUGAUACUUACGAUCUUUGUACUCAGGUCAUCUUAGAUAAAGUAAAUUUUAUUAAUAAGAGUGUAGUCAGUAGCAAUAAUAGUAGCUUAGCAAAUAGUGUGAAGACUGUGAGCGAGCAUGAAGGUUCAUUAAAUAAUUUGGAAGUCAAUGAUGAUGUAGAACCUUUAAGCCUAGAUUUAGAUGACCCCACAAAUACAUCAGAUGGAUUACAACAUCUAGACAAUGAUUUUUAUAAUUAUGAACAAUUUAAAGAUUCUGCAGACUGGAGUAGUUUUGAUAAUAAUAAAAUAUUGCAUAAAGAAUUGUCAGUUUCACAAGCAAAUUGUCUUGAUCUACAGUAUGAAAUUGUAAGCAAUUCAUAUAACGAUACAAUUGUUAAUACAGUCAAUGAUACUCACUUAGAAUGCAACUCGAUGGAUGAAAGAGUUAAGAAGAAUGAAAGUAAUAAAAGCAUUGACAUUACGACUGAGAAGUGUGAUUCUAUGCAAAAUAGUAAAACAUUAUCCGAUUCUCUUCCCUUUCAAGACAAAGAUGUAAAAAAUGUUGACAUUCUUCCUCAAUCAGACUGUGAUUUAACUGUUGAGGAGGACCUUAAAGAAAUUGAAGAUACAUUUGAUAAAAAUGAAACAUUAAGUAAUGAUAUUGUAUAUACCUCUUUCAGUUCUGGUUUGGGUAUAGAUAAAACUGUAAGGGACAAAUCAAAUAUAGGUUGUAAAUUUGUAAAUAACGAUAUUGGUACCUUGCCUAAUAUAUCAUGGAGAGAAAAUACAAAUCUUGAAUCAAAUGCAUUUGAUACGCUGGAUAUAGUAGAGAAUGUUACAAGUGGAAUAGUUAAUAAUAAAAGUAUGAUUGCAAUCAAUGAAAAUACGUUUGAUGUGAAUACAAAUUUAAAUAAUGAAGAAACUUUCAUAGAGUCUGGUUUAAUAGAUAAUAAUUCGUUCGAUAAAGAAGAUCCUAAUUUUACAGAUUUCAAAUCUGCCCAAGAUUUUGAUAGAGUGUCAAUAUCUGAGUGCAGUUUAAAUGUCAUAUCUGAUAAUUUAUCUAACACAGUACAAAUUGAGGAUGACUUAUCCAAGUUAUCAAGUGAAACGGAUUUUAGACAAAAUCUCUCAUCUUUUGUAAACGUAUCACUGCCAACCAAUAAAACAUUUUCUAAUCAUGUACAGGCAGAAAAUAGUGAUGUAAAAAAUAAUUCAGAUUUGGAAUGUGCCACGUAUAAUGAUAGAACCUGUAUAGAAAAUUUCGAAAAUGAUGCUUUUUGCGAUUAUCAAGAAAUGCAGCAAGAAAAUGCAAUGCCAAUACACAAAAAGAGUGAUACUUUUCCAAUACUUUGUAACACAGAAAAUGCAGACGAUGAUUUUGGUGAUUUUACGAAUUUUUCAAGCAUGGCAGAUGAAUGGUCACCUAAUGUAGUUGAUCCCAAAGUACCUGAAACUGAUGAUGACUUUGGAGAAUUUAAUAAUUUUGAAUCAUCAAACAGUACAGUAGAAACACAACAAUUUAGUUUGAGAGAAUCUAUGUGUCGGAUAGAAAAUAAGAAUGCUGCAAACAAGAUAGAAGAUAUAGUAACAAAUAUGUUUUGCGUGAUGCCUACGCUUCCUGAAACUGAUUUAAAACCUUUAAUUACGAAAACAGAUAAAAUCUGGCAGUGCUUGAAAAAUGUAGAAGAAACUAAUGCUUUAACUUAUCAAUGGUCUAAUAGUACUAGUAACAAUGUGCUUUUAAACGCACUUGGCAUUGAUUCGCGUAAUAUUUUAUUUGGGCCAAGAUGGAAUACUAGCGUCCCAAGAUUUGCAGCUAAUCUUGGUUUUACACCUUUGGAACCUAUAAAAGCUUCUGUUGAUUCUCCACCAUCUACCACGAAUAAGGCACAAGGAGUGUCUACUUCGGAUGAAGUACCUGCUGCCCAAUUUGAUUGGAAUAGUUCAGGGCUUGUUAAUCCUUUAGAUGCUAGUGGUGGGUUAUCAGCUCUUCUACCAUUGGAUUUAUUGUGUCCGUUUGACCCUCUACUAACACCCCACUGUUCCACAUAUUCCGAAUCCUACCAUCAAACAGCUGCUUACACACGGGACUCCAUAUAUUAUUAUUCGUCAGAUCCGACGGUUAUCUCCGAGAACAGCAAUUUACAAUCCAUGAAAAUAUCAAAUAAAAGUACUUUGAAUCCUUUCAAUAGUGGAUUGAAUGAUAGCUUAAAGUCUCAGAAACAAAUGCAAACGGGCAAAAUGAUCGAACCUCUACCAGGGCCACACAUGAUCGAUUGGAAAUUAAAAGAGGAACAUGAAAUAGGGGGUAAAGGAAAAAGUUUUUCGCAUAAAGUAUUAAAAAAUGCUCCAUCAAUAAAUAAUAAAUCGUUCCUAGUAAGCAGUAAUGCUACAAAAAGUCAAGACUUAUAUUAUAAAAAGUCGUCAUUGUCAAGAAGAGAACAUUUGCAAAAUGCAGAACAUGUCACUGUGGAUAGGUAUGGUAGACCUAUGUCCGUACACACAGAGACAAUGAAGGUUCUGAAUCAAUUACCAGAUUUAUCCUUUUUAAGUGCUAGAACUUUAUUAUUUAAUCGUGAGCAAAAACAAAUUGUUCAAGACUUAGGUGCCAUGAUAAAUCGGAAAAUGCCUGGCUGAGUAACGUCGGUCUGAAUACGAGUUUGAUAAGGUAACAUGAACAGAAUCGAAAAAAAUUUGUAAUAGAUACUCUCAACAAUCAGUAUAAUCAAAAAAUCUUCUGCUACCUUUCAAACCUGUGUUCAGACCAACCUCUGAUCCAUCUUGGCUCUUCCAUGUUGGUAUCAUUGAAGAAGUUAUAUCCUAAAUGAUAUAACUGAUGCUUCGGUAUUUUACUACUUAUUGGCACACAACAAUGCACUUGACAUUCCAAGAUAUGAUUGUUUGUGAUUAUUAUGAAUUGUUGUUAUUAUAGUUAUUCUUAAAAGUAUUUCAAUUUGUUUUACAAUUGUAAUUUAAUAUCUUGUUUCUUUUAUGGACAAUUGUCAAAUAGUUAAGGUAAAUAUGUGUUUACUUUCUUUUAUAUAGGUCACAUAGUCACUAAAUUUCAGUACAUGAAAAUAGUACAUGAGAUAUUUGUUAAUAUUGUUUCAUUUGACCAUUUUCUAGUCUACACAAAUUGGAAGAAGUUCCACACAUAAUAUAUGUGUAUGUGUGUGUUAAAUUUUGUUAAGAUAUACUCAUUGCAAAUCUUUACCUAAGAUAAUACCUAAGAGUUUGACCUCUUUAAAGUAUUAUCAUAUGAUUCUGUAUUUACGAUAUUGCAUGUUGCUACUUUGCAACAUGUUUGUAUAUUAGAGUAUUUAAAAAAGAAUGAGCAAAAGACAGAUAGAUAAUUUUCCAUGCAAAUACAUUACUUUUACACUCGAAUAACACUGUUAUCCCUAUUCCAAUAUAGAAUAAUUAUUAUAUUCAUAAAUAUUCAUGUCAGUUAGGGCAAAAAAUACUUAAGUCAGAAAACAGUGGCUAUGGUUCAAUUUAAUCAA